UAAACUAAACAUCGCUGCGUAUAAAGCCACCGUCCGUCUCCAUUCCCACCUUCUCCACUAACCCAAGAAUUUUCUCCAGAAAGAAGAAAGUGAAAUAUCACUGAUUUUCACUCAUAAUUGAAUUCAAAUCCUUUUUAGUCUAAGAAAGACCCUUUUUUGCAUUUUAUCCUCCGUUUGUUUAGUACGUAGUUGGAUCUAAUUCUGGAGGAUUUUCCUUUCUGGGGAGUGUUAUUGAUCGUUGUGGAUAUGGAAGUCAGACCCAAUCCGACACCCGAAAACUCGUCGGUGUCGCAGCAUCAUCAUCUAAUCAGUUCUUCGUUAAAGCAGCCUGCCGCUUCUUCCAAUCCUAUCGAUUCCAACGCUGUUGCGCAGAGGCUGCAAAAGGAGUUGAUGUCACUGAUGAUGAGUGGAGGUGAUCUAGGCGUAUCAGCUUUUCCAGAUGGUGAGAGCAUUUUCACAUGGAUAGGCACCAUUGAGGGUGGGAAAGGAACUACAUACGAGGGUUUGUCUUACAAACUCUCCUUACAUUUUCCCAUGGAGUACCCUUUCAAGCCACCCCUUGUUAAGUUUGAGACGAUGUGCUUCCAUCCGAAUGUUGAUCAAUAUGGCAACAUUUGUCUUGAUAUUCUUCAGGACAAGUGGUCUUCGGCUUAUGAUUGCAGAACCAUCCUUUUGUCUAUUCAAAGCCUAUUAGGAGAGCCCAACCCAGAGAGUCCUCUCAACAGCUAUGCUGCUGCUCUGUGGAAUAACAAGGAAGAUUACAGAAAGAUGGUCCACAAACAAUACUUUUCUGGUGCAGUCUUGGACGGCUGAUUUUGAAAAGCCUAAGUAGAGAACAAACGAUUGACACCAUAUCGUCAGUUUGGCAUACAUUAAAAUUACUGUAAAGCGUCGAGAUAAAAAGGUUUCAGACUUCAUAACAUAGAGAGAGAAAAAGAGAGAUUAUAGUUUACAUAUGAACUGGAUAUUUGUACCAUUUUAUCUGCCCAUGGCUGCUAUAUUGGAAGGAUGGACUUUUACGUAUUUUAA